AUGGCAAUUAGAAAGAGCGAUGAUAGUGGCGAGAAACCGAAAAAAGCUAAAUUGAGGAGGAGCACCUUUCAUGCAAUCGGAUUUUUGGCCGAGAAGUCAGAGAAAAAUAGAAUUGAAAAAGGAAGAGUUAGCCAUCAAAAAAAAGAGAGCUUGAUCUAGCAGAAACUAGACAAGAGGAGGCUUCCCAGCAGCAACAGACCAUGUUCUCAGUACUGAUCAACACAAUGCAGCAAGAGCAACCGCUUCAACAGCAAAACCUUCAAAUUAUGCUUGACCAGCAAAACAAGGCAUUUAUCCUUUUGUUAUGACUUUAGUUAUCUAAAAAAGCAUUGUUGAUGGGUUUUAUUAUAUUUCUUUUGUAUAGAGAGUACUUUCUACAUUGUUUUUUCAAAUAGACAGAUUUUUGUCAGUACAAAGGGGCCUAAAUGCCCAAACUUUCCCCUAAUGUGCAGCCACUAAAUGCCCAAAAUAAAUCUAAGAAAUAGGUUUUUAUAGCUAGGUCUAUUCUUUCGUAAUGUUUGGUUAGCUGUACCUUUAUGUAAUUAGUUCAUACUAUUUCAUACCUUUAGUGAGUGCACUCUAAAAAUUGAGCCAAUUUUAAGCAUUAUUAAGGCAAAAAUCUUCAGAGAAGCAUGGGUAUCUUCAUUCAGUCAUGUUAGAUUGGGGUAGCUUUCACCCAGGGUUGACUCUCUAAAAAUUCAUUAAGUCACCCCGGUAAACAUCCUGGGUUAGUGCCAGCCCAACCUCCAACAAACAGGCCCUUGGGCUCCUAUAUUUGUAAAAUGUUUGAUAAAGGAAUUCCCAAUAAAUGGCCUGACUCUGCAAUGUUGUUGCUAGUUUUUUCAAAAAUUUCUUUUAUUUCUAUUUUUAAAACUAAUUUAAGUUAAUUAACCACAGUUUUCUGAAAAAUGGAAAAUUAAGUUGGGAAAUAAAUCAAUAGUUACAAUAACAGUUUUUGAAAAAUAGAAAACUUUAAAAAUAAAUUGUGCUUAAUUUUAUUAUUAUUUAUUUUCUCUUUUAAGAAGUGCAAUGGUGUGAGAAAUAGUUUUCAACUUAUCAGCAUACAAAUAUCUGCCAUGGUUAACUGCAGUUAUAAAGUUUUGAUACAUAUUUUAUCAAAGGCAAUGUAAACUGGGCAAUGAUGUGGUUUCCUAGCCAAAGUAUGUAUCAAGAGUAGGUGGCCUAAGGUCAAAAAAUUCUCAGGUCAUAUUACCAUACAAGCAUGUCAUUGCAAUUACGCAGUAUGACAAACAACAUAGAUCUUUCCAACACUUCUGAGGAAAAGCUUCAGAUCCUAUUUAAAGUCAUUAAACUUAAAUGAGUUGAUUAUAUCUUCGAACAGCCAUUCAACAGAACUUUUAACAGCACUCAUCUCUGUAUUGUACUGCUGCAUUUGUGGUGUCAAUACACCAUAUCCAAAGGGUCCUUGCAUCUGCACUCUAAGGGGAUAGGCAGGGUCACCGUAAACACAGACUGCAAACCUAUGAAGGUCACGUCGUAGAUGUGAAUCAGCAAGCAUUCCUGCACCUUUUUUUUCCUUCUAAAAAUAGGUAGGUGAUGGUAGGUAUCCGUGUAAGAGUAAAGGUUGCUUAUAAUUGGGUUACAUAAGCUGUUGACUAUGUGAGUACAUCAGAAACUUUUUUCUAAUUUCAUCUUGAGUUUAUAAUAUUCUUAUUUCAAAGGGGGAGGACAGUCCCCUCUUCCCUCUGGCUAUGCUCCCAAUAAACUGUUGAAGUGAUCUCCCCUUGGUAAUCAUUAUUGAAUAAAAACAUUAAGCAAUUUUAGCCUGUCCUAUAGCCCUGUAAAAUGGUUCAUUUUUUCCCAAUAUUUUCCCUUUUUUAAAAUAAGAGCAAGGUCUUCAAAAAUAAACAUUUGGUGUCAUGCAUUUAUCAGGCCUGCCACCGGUCAAAACGCUGGUCACAUCCCUGCUUUAAAACUGGUGGCCUGUACUGUUUUGUAACUUACAAACUGGGCCAUGUAGAUUUCCGGUCAAGCCACUUGGUAAAGCAAUGUUUUGAAAUUUCAGGGCAUGAUCCCUGUUAUAGCCAUUGUAAAGAAGUCGCUGAUGUUCUCCAGGUCUUGAUAUUGGCCUAAUGGUAUGGGACUCCCCUGGCUGUCACAGCAUCAACAUAACUCUGCAGGUUGACAGGGCGAAGGACCUCAUGAUUCCAGUUUAGUAGUCUGUUCCUGUGAACAUUAUACACAAGGUCAAUCAUUUGAUUGGUGAUCAUGAUAAGAACUGGAACAGGUUUAGCGAAACUAUGGACCAUGUCUCCAUAUCUGCUUGGGUAAGAAAGCCGCUUUAGCAGCAUGCAGAGACCUUCUAGUCCAUUACAAACAGGGCGCUGACUGCGGGUAAUCGUGUCAGGGAUUAGCAAAACUUCCUUCAGAAUUCGUGUAUCUCGUUUUCAAAAGCGAAACUCUAUGAAACUCUCAGACUCGUCAAGCUCUUCCAGGUCAAAAGGUGCGUACGAAUCGUACAGAAAGUCAAGGUUUUUCGAUGCAUAGAGGUCGUAUAGAACAACAAAUUCAUCAUCAUUAAUAAAGCCAUCAUUGUGAUUAAUUAGAAGCAGAUUUCGGACGUUUUUGAAUGCCAUAGCUAGAGCAACUAGUCAGAGAACCAAAAGUCGUCAUCUCCUCAAAACAACACACUGCUUAACUUUUGUUUUUCCCGCCGAGAACGAAAGCCUCGACUAAAUCCUUCUUGGGUUACAAACGUUGUUGUCAUGUAUUUCGUUGUCGAUGCUUAAGGUCCCUAAUAGUACCAUACCGAUAACAUAGCUCAUUAACAAGGUGGGUCCCUGGGGUGGAGCUGUACAUCUUGCAUGUGAACUCUUGGAGCUUGGCAAAUUGUUCAUCUGUGAUGUUCCACUCCGUACCUUUCUCCUGGAAUAAAGUUUCGAAAGAAUGGUUUUGUCUAACCAUCUUCAAAGCUAAUGCCUUGCGCUUUCCAGAGAAAGCACUGAUAGUGUCGCAGCCAGUGAAGGCAUGGGGACUUGGGAGAGAUCUAGUUCGGCGCCCAACAUCCGUACAACACUUGACACAUCGAUGUAUGUUGUUAGAGUCUUUUGGCCGCAUUUAACAAACACAGAACAUGGUAUGAAGCCUUUAAAAGCCAAAGAGAGAACAAACACGUCCGUGUCUUCUGACGUAAUGACAACGGCUCUUUAUCCUGCUUCUGCUGCAUGA